CACAGCCCUGUUAUAGAGGGGCUACUGGCGGUCACAUGGUAGGAGCGGCUAGGCGGGUGUACAGUUGUCAUGGUAGUCCCUCAACGGUAACACGGUCUAGUGGGGAAGGGACAUCGUAACACUCAUCCUAGUAGUAUUUACCUCGCUACCAACACGGCGCCACACGCGUCCACAACAACACUCACAAGUACAAGGUUGGAGCGGACUGUCAGAGCUUCAAGUGUUAAGAAACAAUAUAACUGGUGAAGGAAGAAUUUUGCUUCUGAAGUGUUUGGUGCCAGAGAGAUAACAGAGAUUUGACCUGUAGGAGAGGCCCUCAGACUGGCCCCCUCCUGCUGGUGCUGGCUGCGGGAGUCGACGUAAACAGCACCUGCUAACAUGUUCCUCUUUUCUCGGCAGAGCUAAAGAUGCCCUGUAGGAUACAAGCGACCAGCAUGAUUAAUGCCAUGGCUAUCAUCUCCGCUCUCCACCUGUUCUCGGAAGGCGUGUUCCCGGCGGCAGAGGGCACGGGGGAGCCCUACGGCAUCAAUCGACAGGUGGUGGAGGGCGCAGCACGGGCGGGCACGGCCAUGGGCGGCCCUACGCCAGCACCACGUCAGUUGGACGCAAUACCUGCGCCUGCUCUCAACCAGGUGGUGACGGGCGAUAACCCUCAGCCAGGAGAGGUGGUCGACAAGGAAAUCACGGCGGAGAUCAACAUCACUGUGGAAGACCGGGGGCAGGGCGCCCCCGUGGGGGAGAGGGGGGGUUCUGAGGACCUCAGGGCACCGGGGGACGAGGCGACGCUCCCGGCCUGUAACAAUGGCGCCGGGUUGGUCCGCUACGAGAGGAUGCCGGAGACGGGGGUAGAGCGGACCUCGAUAAACGAAGAUGUGAUACGCAGGAAUGACACUCCAGUAGAGGUGUUAACCCUGUGUGUGGGGCGCUGUUUGCAGGAUGAGAACGUACAGAAAUUAAAGAGUAGAUGCACCGCCUUCGAUUAUCUUCCCGGUAAACGGAUCAAUUAUUACAACAGCAACGAGAUGGUGUACACGGAGACCAAGUGCCUCCUCACCCGACCAGAGAAUGACCAUCUGGGCUUCCGCUACCGUGCUAGGAAAGAGAGUGUCCACUUCCGCGAGGUUUGUUAUACAGGCUCGGUAGUGAGAGCGGAGUGUCCCACCAGACUCUACGUUAUGGAGCGACUUAUUAACAAGAGGUUUUUGCCCAAAGACGCUGAGUUAGUGCACGCCGCAGACAUCAUGGAGUGUCAAGACAAGUGCUUGAACCAGUACGCAGACAAGAACACGAAGAGGACGUGUCGGAGCGGCGCCUUCGACAAGGAGAAGAAGCAGUGUUUCCACUCCUCCUACACCAUCAGGACCCAUCCCCACCUGCUGGAGGACAACCUCAACUUCGACUAUUUUGAAAACACCUGCCUCACAAAGGACCGUCGAUGCCCUAAGAACAAGCUGACGUUCUUGAAGUCUUUGAACACGGAGCUAGGAGGUGCCCACGAUACUGAGGUGCACAAGGGCGUCGACUUGGAUGAGUGCAAGAAAAAGUGCAUCGACAGUGUGUCCAUCUUCUGCAGGAGCAUCGAGUAUAACACCGCCAGCAAGACCUGUGUUAUUUCCGACGAGGACAGCAUCAGUAAACCUCACGAGCUCAGGGCCUCCACCUCCGACCAUAACGAGUACUAUCAGGUCUUCUGUAUCGACGGGGAGAAAGUGAAGGGAGAUUACAUGUUCGAGAACUCGGCCACACAGCCACUCAACCAGAGGUAUGAGAACGAUGUCCGUACCGCUUUUCAGCUCUACAGGGACAGCCGCCUCGACCUGGAUUCCGGGUUCCGUGGUUAUCGAGAGAUGCCUCAACGACUAACUUUGGCCGAGUGUCUGGACGAGUGCCUGGAGGAGAGGUCCUUCACCUGCCGCUCCGUCAUGCAUUCUGAGUACUCGCAGAUAUGCAGACUUUCGGAAUACGACAAGCUCAACGGCAGACUCGUCCCGGACCGCGAAUUCAACUACUUUGAGAACCUGAUGGAGAACCUGCUGGUGAAUCAGCGCACGUCGGGAUCAUCAGACUCCAGCGUGGCCGUGGUGGGGAGCAGGACGGGCGUCACCUCUAACGACCAACCAGCAGGAGUAGCAGUAGCAGGAGGAGUCGACGGCGCUGGUCCUGGAAGCGCCGGCCAGACUGGAGACAACAGACCCGGCAUAGGCAUCCGUUUCCCUGGAGGUCGAGGAAGUGGUAAUACUGAUAGCGGCUUCAACCGUGUCGGCCCCAGUUUCGGAGGCAGUGGUUUUGAGGGAAGUAGAGGCAGUAUCGGCACCGACAGAUCUGAAAGCAGCAGAGGCGGAAGCGACAGGUUUGGAAGCAGUAGAGGAGAAAGUGACAGGUUUGGAAACAGUAGAGGAGGAAAUGACAGGUUUGAAAGCAAUAGAGGAGAAAGCGACAGUAGCAGAUUUGGAAACAGCAGAGGCAACAUCAACAGUGACAGAUUUGCAAAUAGUGGAGGAGGGAGCGCCAGCAGCCGAGGCAGCAGCGACAAUGAAAGGUUCCGCCCUCGUAACCCUUCAUGGCCCGUCACCACGCCUCUGCAGGACCGUCCAGGAAUCUUCCACCCCAUCAGCACAGACGUCACCAACGGCCUCGCUGGUGGUCGUGGGACGCUAAACAGAGGCUUCUCCACCGGUCGGCAGACUGGCGUGAGAACUGGGUUCGCUGGAGGCCUGGGAGGGAGUGACCCCAAGUCCAACAUGGGAGUGACCCAGCAGUGUACUGAGGACGGGAUGGAGUUUAUGCUACAGACAGAAGAAGGCUUCCGCGGUCGCAUCUAUACUUACGGCUACUACGACCGCUGCUACACACGGGGAUCAGGUUCCACCGCGACCGUUCUGAAGAUAUCUGGUGCCAGGGGCGUCCCCGACUGUGGUACUACUAAGUAUGGGGAGACCACCACCAACAUCGUGGUGGUUCAGUUCGCCGACAACGUCCAGACGUCCCUCGACAAGCGCUACAACCUUACCUGCACCGUCGUGGGACCUGGCGAGGCCGUCGUCACUUCUGGCUACAUCGGUGCUGGGUUGGUCAACCUCGAUCAUUUGAGUCAACUAGGCUCAGGGGCACCAACACCCAUUGAGUACCUGCCGGCGGAGAGCCAAUUGCAGUCGAAGGUGCGACUGCAGAUCCUCUACGGCGGGCGGCCCACUACCACCAUCGCCGUGGGUGAUCCGCUCACCUUCAAGCUGGACUCCCAGAGGGGAUACAACCUGGUAUCCGAUAUCUUCGCCACCAACGUCGUCGCCAAGGAUCCUUACUCUGGCAGGACCGUUGAGCUGAUCGAUAGUAGAGGAUGCCCCUUAGACAACUACGUGUUCCCGGCACUUGGCAAAGGUCGAGAUGGUGACGGGCUGGAGGCUCGUUUCAACGCCUUCAAGAUUCCCGAAGCCAAUUUCUUGAUCUUCGAGGCCAACGUGAGGACUUGUCGCGGAGGAUGUCAAGCAGCGCGGUGCACUCUGGGUAAAGGACGAGAACAGAUAGAGUCGUAUGGCCGCAAACGACGAGACGCUGGAGACGACCUCGAGACUCAGACCAACGCACAGGACGAGGACGAGAACAAGGAGGAGGAGGAGGAGGAGCAGGUCAUCGGCUUAUAUGAGGUAUACCUCUCCAGGGACGAGAUAGAGGACCCGGCUAUAUCCCAGUCCCUGAUGACUGAGGUAUGUCUGGCCCCUACUGAGUACUACAGCAUGGUGGCCGGUCUAGUCAUUACCAUCGUCUGCCUCCUCGUCUCCCUCCUCUGCGUCGCCUUCUGCUUCAGGAAACACCGGCAGCUGGAUGAUAAAAACGCAGCCGCAGAUGCCGGGAACCCGUACCACCAGCAGCAUCCCCAGCAGCAACACAAGAGCAAGUUCUCCUUCCCUGGCGCCCAUCCCAGGACCCUCACACAGCCCGCCAGCUACUUCCCCAGCAGCGACCCCCCAGCCAGUGCUCCCCAGGCUGAGGACGGAGCGGCUACCUCAUCUCGCUUUCCUGACCCUUCUGAGCCCAUAUACACCGACCCUGCCCUCUUCGAAAGGUCGAGGACGAGGUUGUCUGGGCAACGACGCUACGCUGACGGAGAGGAGUGAAGGAACGAAGGAGAAGGAGGAGACAAGGAAACGAUGAAGAUGGAGGUGAAAACGAUAUCAAGACGAUGAAGAGACGAAAGAAAUGGAGAAGACGAUGAAGACGAAAAAGGAGAAGAGGAGAUGAAGGAAAGUAGGAAGGAGGCGAAGGGAAAGAGACAAAGAAGGGAUCAAAGUAGAGAGACGAAACAAAGAAAAACACUUUAGUAUAGAGUGAUAAGUAGGUAAGUGAUUGAAUGAAAAGAAAUGAACAAGUAGGAAAUAAAAGAAGAAAAUAAUAAAGUAACAUACGAAGCAGUAGAAGAGGUGAAUAAAUAAAUAGAUAAAGUAGAAAAAAGAGUGAGAAGAAGCACAAGAAGGAAGAGGAGAUAAAAGAUAGAAAAGAUAAAACAGAUAAAAAUAAGAUA